GCUUCUGGUUUGAGUGACAUAAGCAGAGGCGUAAAGUUUAAAUUACACCAGUAUUAUGACACACUCUUUAGUCACCGGAGAAUGUCCGUUUAUACAGCUGCUCUUCUUCAGACUUGGACUUUAACCAGCGCUCACUACAACUUUAAGAAAUAAGUUACUUGUUUUUUCUUUUCUUCAGGAAAUCACAUGGAGGUGCUCUUGUGCUCACAUGACACUCUGAACCAUGGCAGGAGAGAUCAAUGAAGGCUCAGUUCCUGCCUAUUACAGGGAAGUAUAUGUGGCCGUCCGCUGUAGGACAGAUGAGAGGGUGCAGGUUGAAGUUUUUCAGCGGUUGCUCCAAAGGACCGAUCUCCCCAAGGCUGUAUUAGGCCAGAUUGCUGAGCAUGUUGACUCCACAGAUGGAUUCCUGAGCAAGUUGUCCCUCUAUAAAGCGCUUGCUUUGAUUGCCCUUGCUCAGCAAGGAAGGCAGCCAAGCCCCAAACUCUUGGAGAAUUGCAUACAAGAGUUACCGAAACCUCAGCUCGGGGAACCAAAGGAUCUGAGCGCACUGAGGAUGCAGCCAGCUCAGGAGGACGCCCUGAUGAUGUCCAAGACGCUGGACAAGCUGCUGGUCAUAGACACAGUCCAGGUGGAGCUCAUACCUGAGAAGAAGGGCCUGUUCCUCAAACAUGUGGAGUACCAGGUCACCAGCCAGCGUUAUAAAAUAUCAGUUUACAGACGCUAUAGUGAUUUUGAUGUCUUCCAUGAGGUUUUGCUACAGAGGUUUGCCUACAGAGUGGUGCCGGCGCUGCCACCUAAAAGGAUGUUAAAGGGAGUGCUGACCUCCGUUUCCGAGCGGGAGUUUAUUGAGGGGAGGAGACGUGCUCUGGGCAGGUUCAUUAACUUGGUGGCACGGCAUCCCAUCUUCUCAGAGGACGAGCUGGUUAAGACCUUCCUCACCUUCAGUGGCUCUGAUGUUCAGAGUAAGCUGCGCGAUGCUUACAAGAAAACAGGUGACGAGUUCAUGACCAACAGAAUUGCAACCCAGGCAAAGGAGUAUCUCCCCGCUGACAUUCAGUCCCAGUUCUCGACAAGCAGAGAGCUGAUUAGAAAUAUCCACAACAGCUUCCACAAGCUGCGGGACAGGGCUGAGAAAAUGGCAGAGCGCUCUAAGGAGAAUGCAACUGAUCUCCUCAUGUUUGGCAGAGAGCUCAGUGCACUGGGCUCAGAUGCUUCAUCUCUUCCCGCCUUGGCCUCUUCACAAAGCACCUGGGGGACCCUGCGUCAGUCACUGAAGAGUCUGUCAGUGGAGUUCGCUGUGCUAUCUGACAAAGCUGCUCAGCAGGGCAGACGGGAAGAGGAUGAUGUUGUGGAAAAACUGAAUCUUUUCCUGGAUUUGUUGCAGUCGUACAGAGAUCUCUGUGAGCGCCAUGAGAAAGGCGUGCUGCACGAGCACCAGAGAGCUCUGCACAAGUACAGUUUGAUGAAGAGGCAGAUGAUGAGCGCCACCGUUCAGCCAAAAGAGCAGACAUCUGUGGAGCAGCUUGAAUCACGAAUUGUUCAGCAAGAAAACGCCAUUCAGACCAUGGAGCUGCGUAACUACUUCUCCCUGUUCUGCCUUCAUCAAGAGACUCAGCUUAUCUUCACCUACCUUCCAAUCACAUCCCACAUUCUCGGGGCUUUUGUUAACUCCCAGGUCCAAGGACACAGAGAGAUGGGAGAGGUGUGGAAUGAACUCCAGCCAAAGCUUGGAUGUCUCUUUGGUGGUAAUAAUGGAUUGAAAACCCCCAUCUAAAACCUAAGGGAUCUGCAAAGGAGAAACACUGCCGCUGAUGAGGAUUACAAACUGGAAAAUAACUUGCUCUGUGAGCUAAAGCAAAGAAAAAAAAAAGUUUAUUGCACAACUAUUUUUCAUUGUACUACAUCUUCUAUAACACAAUACACAUUCCAUUCAGUGAGAGGAUUUUCACUUUUGGGAUUUGACCAUCAACCAUACAACCUUUAACUGGAUAGUGUUGCUCAUGGGUCAUUUUAUGGUCUGCCUGAUGAGGGUAUAAUGUCCUUUUAUAAUCUCCAAGUCAACUUUUACAGCCGCCAACAAGGAAGAAAAACCCUCUCAGGUGUUAUUUUACAAGGGACAAAAGAAGGAUGACAGUAUUUUCAUACAUUCCAGCUCCUCUGAUAAAGCACCUGCUAUUAACUGAAACUUUUCAAAAGUUUUAUACACUAAAAUAAAAUUGAGAGGGAGAGAAAGUUUUACUUUAUUAAAGGAAGGGAUUAUUUUAAAUCCUCUAGUCACAAACUUUUUGGUUUUACUUACUGAAUAACUUUAGACCAAUGUAUUUUUGAUACAGAUUUUAGUUCAUAAGGAUGUGUAGCAGCAUACUUUAUAUUUUUUAUGUAUAAGUGUGCUAUUUCUUAUGGUUUACUUUUAUGUAGAGAAACAUCUUUGCUUUCAUUGCUUUAACUGUUUGCAAGACUCCCUUUUAUUUUAUAAGCUAUUUUCUUGAAAAGCUGGAGCUCAAAUUGUAGGAUACUACAAAGGGCAGAGAUUUGAGAUGUAUUGAUAAAAUGAUGACCUCCAGCACUAGUGGCAUAAUAUGUCAGUAAUUAAAACACUAUAAGCUACUGAUUAACUACCAAAGAUAAAUAUUAUAAAUUCACUUAAAUAUACACAUGUAUGAUAGAACUUCUAUAAUUAACACCUUAUGUCUUUAAUUUCAGCAGAAAAUCUUACCAUUUUACUCCAUACAUGAGGACUGUUCUUCACGGUUGCAGAUAUCAAUUUGAAUUUGUGUAAUUGUGUGUGUGAGGACAAACACAAUGUGGAUGUUGUUGAACUCCUUUUCCAUAUAUGAUCAGACUUUCUACUUUUCAGAUAUUUGGCAUGGAAAAAAUGAUGCACGCAUGUCUGUGCACAUAUAGUUUAUCAGAACAUGAUAUAUUUUUCUAAAAAAAAAAAAGAAGAAGAAAGAAC